CUCUUUCUCUCUCUCUCUCUCUCUCUCUCUCUCUCUCUUCUCAUCAUCAUGACCAAGAAACAUAGUAAAAGAAAAUUAUAAAUCCCACAAAAGGAGAAAGGUGGGAAAGAAGGAAAGGUAAAUUCAUACAAGCAAGAACCAGAUUCAAAGUUGUAGAGUGAGAAACAAAGGAAACAGAGAAAGAAGGUCAUUAGCAACAAUUUUAUGUAAAAAGCUAGGUGGAAAAGAAGCAUGUGGUAUAACAAAGGCGAGGGAGGCUAGAGCCAAAUAGAAAGAGAAGCCCUUCUCUCCUCCUGCUUGCUCUUUCCUUUUGCUUGUAGCAGCUUUUUCUAGGGUCUUUGGAAGCUGGGUUGGUCUUAUAAGAACGAAAAUAAAUGGAAGCUUCUUUCUCUCGGGAGCUAAAAAAAAGCCUUACUGUCAGAGCAAUUGUCCUGUUUUUCUGAGGUAGAAACAGUAAUGCUAGGAACAUGGGAAAGAAAGGGAGUUGGUUUUCUGCCAUAAAGAGGGUUUUUUCACCGCAUUCCAAGGAGAAGGUAGUCAAUGGUUCAGAGAAGAAAAACACAAAAGAAAAGAAGGGGCUUGGGAAACUAAAGCAUGGAGAGACCAAUUCAUUCAUUCCCCUGUUCAGGGAACCAAGCAGCAUUGAGAAAAUUUUUGGGGAUUUUGAAAGGGAGCAGCAAAGAGUAAAUUUUAGGCCUCCUACCCCCGAUGAGCAACCAAGGACACCGCCUUUUGUGCCUCCUAGAGUUGCUUCACCCAGGGAUCCUUCCCCAAGGGUUGGCUCACCAAGGGCUGCUUCUCCAAGGGCUCCUUCUCCAAGAGCUCCUUCCCCAAGAGCUCCAUCUCCUAGGAUUCUUCAUCAUCAUAAGGAGAUUAGAUACAGACCUGAACCAACUCUAAGGAACCACCAUGCUUCAGCUACUAAAAUCCAAGCAGCUUAUAGAGGUUAUAUGGCGAGGAGAAGCUUUAGAGCUCUAAAGGGUCUAGUGAGGCUUCAAGGAGUGGUGAGAGGACAAAAUGUGAAGCGCCAGACAUUGAAUGCCAUGAAAUACAUGCAACUCUUGGUGCGGGUUCAGUCUCAAAUUCAGUCACGCAGGAUCCAGAUGUUAGAAAAUCAAGCAAAACAUCAAGGUCAAUACAAGAAUGAUAAGGAAGUGGAAAGCACCUUUGGCAAAUGGACCUUGAGCCAGGCAUCUGAGACAGGCAAUAAUGAUGAAUGGGAUGAUAGUUUGCUAACUAAGGAGGAAGUGGAGGCAAGGUUGCAGAAGAAGGUUGAGGCAGUUGUUAAAAGAGAAAGAGCAAUGGCCUAUGCAUACUCCCACCAGCUGUUGAAAGCUACUCCUAAAUCAGGUCAAACACCUAUAGCUGAUAUCCGGUCUGGGGGAUUCCCAUGGUGGUGGAACUGGUUGGAACGUCAGCUCCCCCAAAAAGACCCUCCUACAGAAACCAAUGCAUUGAAGAACUUUCAACUUACUCCUCCGAGAUCACAUUCAGAAAUGAAGCCAAGCCCGGUGCCACAAGCAAGCAGUCAGAGGCAACAUCCCUUUUUAUUUGAUAACAAUCUGGACACGCCAAAAUCCUCAAAAUCAACCAUAAAUCUGACAACACUAAAACAAGCAGGAACCCCGCCUCCGAUUAAUAUGAGUAGUACUCCACAAGCAAACAGCUUGGGGCUAUCAAAGUACACAAGACGACCACCAGCUGGUGGAGCUGAAUCCCCUUUUGGUUUUCCACUGAAGGAUGAUGAUAGCCUCACAAGCUGCCCCCCGUUCUCGGUUCCCAACUACAUGGCUCCAACCAUGUCAGCCAAAGCCAAAGCGCGAGCUGGUAGUAAUCCUAGGGAGAGAUUUGUGGGGACUCCAAGCAGUGAGUCCAAAAGAAGGCUCUCCUUCCCUUUGACACAAGGCAUUGGGUCUUUCAAGUGGAACAAAGCUUCUUUUUUCUCUAAUAAUAAGGAUUCCAGCUCUCAAAGGAUUUUAGACAAGAACCAGCCCCCGCAAUCUCUAGGAAAUUUGAGCAUAGAUUCCACGGUUUCUAUGCCUGCAGGAGUUGGAAGGAGGCCAUUUAAUAGAUUUGUGUGAUUUAUUUUCCUGUACUUUUUAACCUUUUCUUCUAUCCCCUACUGUGGUGUUUAUUUUCCUUGAUUGAUUUGUAUGGUGAUAGCUUUGAGUUGCAAAAUAGUGAUGUAUAAUAAAUAUAUUAUAUAUAGGAACUGAUUAUGGUUUGGAUAUUAUUUGAUGCAACGGAAUUUGGGUUUUGAUAUCAUGACAAUUUUAUUUUGUUU